GCCACACUGGAAGCAGAGGAAGGCAGAGUGAGGGAGGAAUUUUUAACAAAUUGCAAUAAAAUAUAAGUAAAAAAACAGCAAUAAAAUCUUUAUAUUUGAUCGAAACAGUGUGUGUGUGUGUAUGUGUGUGCUUGGGGCAUAGACGCAUAUUCUAAAGACCCUAUAUAAAGCACCCGCGUAUCCUUAGCCAACCAGAUCAGAUUUAGGGCCAAUCACAGAAAUUGGCAGAAAGAACAAAAACAACAACAACAACAAUACCAACUAACCAACACACACACAAACCAGUUUAGAUGAUGAGCAGCAGAACGGACAACAGCACGACGGACGGCUCCUCAAUACGAUUCAGCGAUCACACACUGGACAAAGCCACCAAGGCCAAGGUAACAUUGGAGAACUACUACAGCAAUUUGGUGACACAAUACGGCGAGCGUAAGCAACGUCUGGCCAAAUUGGAGGCCCAGCUGAAGGACGAAAGUCUAACAGAAUCGCAACGGCAAGAGAAACGUCUGCAACAUGCGCAAAAGGAGACGGAAUAUUUACGUCUCAAGCGAUUACGUUUGGGUGUCGAGGAUUUCGAGGCACUCAAAGUGAUUGGACGCGGUGCGUUCGGUGAGGUGCGUUUAGUACAGAAAAAGGAUACGGGCCAUGUGUAUGCCAUGAAGGUGCUACGUAAGGCUGAUAUGCUUGAGAAGGAGCAAGUGGCGCAUGUACGGGCGGAGAGGGAUGUGCUUGUCGAGGCCGAUCAUCAGUGGGUGGUCAAGAUGUAUUACAGUUUUCAGGACCAGGUCAAUUUAUAUUUGAUAAUGGAAUUCUUGCCCGGAGGUGACAUGAUGACGCUAUUAAUGAAAAAGGACACACUAUCCGAGGAGUGCACACAGUUCUAUAUCAGUGAGACGGCAUUAGCGAUCGAUUCGAUACACAAACUCGGUUUCAUACACAGGGACAUUAAGCCAGAUAAUUUACUGCUCGAUGCACGGGGGCAUCUCAAGCUUUCUGACUUCGGUUUGUGCACUGGUUUAAAGAAGUCACAUCGCACAGACUUUUAUCGCGAUUUGUCGCAAGCAAAACCAUCCGAUUUUAUUGGCACCUGUGCCAGCCCCAUGGACUCAAAGCGACGAGCCGAGUCAUGGAAACGAAAUCGACGCGCCUUGGCUUACAGUACGGUGGGAACGCCGGAUUAUAUAGCCCCCGAAGUAUUCCUGCAGACUGGCUAUGGACCUGCCUGCGAUUGGUGGUCGCUGGGCGUCAUCAUGUACGAAAUGUUAAUGGGCUAUCCGCCAUUCUGUUCAGAUAAUCCACAGGAUACUUAUCGCAAAGUAAUGAAUUGGCGUGAAACAUUGAUAUUUCCACCGGAAAUUCCCAUAUCCGAGGAGGCCAAAGAGACGAUUAUCAAUUUCUGUUGCGAGGCGGAUCGUCGACUUGGCUCUCAGCGUGGUCUCGAUGAUUUGAAAUCGGUGCCGUUCUUUCGUGGCGUGGAUUGGGAGCAUAUACGUGAACGUCCAGCAGCAAUACCCGUUGAAGUGCGCUCCAUCGAUGAUACGUCCAAUUUCGAUGAGUUUCCCGAUGUCUCACUGGAGAUACCAUCGGCCCCUAUACCGCAGGGCGGUGAAAUUGCCAAGGAUUGGGUCUUCAUUAACUAUACGUACAAGCGAUUCGAAGUGCGAAAUUUGGAAUGAAGCGAGCAGCACCAGCCGCCGCCGCAUGGUUGCCACAAUUUGCCACCCACAUUAUCACCGUCGUAGGCGUAGUCGUUCUUCUCCUCAUCGUCGUCGUCGCUGUCGUCGACGACAUGAAGUUGUCUCUCUAACACCAUCGCCUCUGCAGCCGCCGCUGUCACCGUCGCCGCCGCCGCCGCCACCACCAUCACCACCACCAAGAGCAAAUUUAAUUUUCCUUUUUGAAUAUCUUACCUACAUGUGUAUUUAAAUACUAGCUAACAUUUGUGAUUCCAAAAAAAAAAACAAAAAACAAAACAAACGAAACAAAACAAAAAAAAUGAAACAAAAAUCGAGCAAACAAAAACGAAGCGAAAAUCGUCAUCGUUGCCGCCUCUUCAAUUAAGUUAAACGCUAUUACUAAUACCCCCAUGGCCCUAACCACCACCAACAAUCCACUAUCCUUGGCUUUGUUUAACCACCUAAACGUUGUCCAUCUGUAAAUGUCUAUGAUAUAUAUAUCUAUAUAUAUAUAUAUAUGUACAUUGACAAUUGA